GGUAGCUUAGACGGACGGCACGGCGGCGUCUGUUGGACCAAUUACGGACCGGCUGUUCGUGUUUUCUGGGCGGUCUCUGCUCUCUCUCUCUGUCCGACAGCAACGACACUAACAGCGGCACAAACACUACCGGACACACACUGUCAGCUUCACCAUGGGGUCGUCCCGGGCUCUGUUGUGGUCCACCGCGUUUGUGUUGGUGUUACUGAGCUCAGCAUCCAAAGAUGAGCACAUGUUUGAGCAGCGUGAGGUCACCUUUGACCUUGACAAAAUCAUGCAAGAGAUGCAACAACCAGAUCAGUUCAUGUUGCAGUCAGAGUUGGACUUGUCAGAUCUCCUCGACCCCAAGGAGUUCCCCAUAGAGCAGGAGAGGGUGUCUCCACCAGAACAGCAUGAUAUCCUGAGAGAGAGAGGGAAUUCCAGACCAGGAAUCUUGAAACCAAGAGGACGUCAACCAGUUGCUGGACCCCGCACCUUUGGCGGCCCUCCAAUGCUGAACUAUCGUGUUCAGUUUCCCCUUGCCCGUCCGACCUCUGACAAUCUCCAAGCCAUCUGUCUCAAUGGAGACCGUCGUCCUCGCUACCCAGACUCUUACUUUCCUCGCAGUGGUUUUGGCCAGCAGAAGAGAAGGGCCAGUGCUGUGAACAGGGCGGAGUCCUGGUUCAGUACGUGCUGCAAAAGGAACCAGACGUGGGAGAGGGAUGUGAUGCUGUGCUGUGCCACACAGGCGUGGGAGCUGUCAGUUGAAACUUUCUGUGCAGAGGACUCCGCGGUAAAGGAUCGUCUCUACGAGUGCUGCAGACUAACAGGCAGUGACAGGCUGCAGUGCUUCAACAACGACGCUCCCAAUCCAAACUACGAGGCCACAGAGGAGGUGCCGAUGCCAGAGCUCCCCUCUGAUGCCUUCAACUUUGAUCCCAACACUUGCCAAAGGACAGUGAUGACUCCUUAUAGUGUCAGAGCAAACAGGAGAAAGAAGAUGAAGAAACCAUCUGCUUCCCUUAAAGUUAACAUGAACUUCCCUCCUGGACGACCCACUGAACAUGUCAUUAAAUUAAUGUGCCAAAACCAAAAGCUACGUCCCCUCUAUAAUGUCAAGUGCCUGCCGAGUUCAGGCUAUGAAUUGGUGGCUCGUCAAGCAAAGACCAUUAAUCGUAUAGAAAAGGGAUUCAAGCAGUGCUGCAAACAGAAACGGAACAUUCUCAAGUGUGCUGACCAAAAGUGGCGUGAUGAAGUUGACAAGUUUUGCUUGGCUGACAAUGGUGGACAGGUGGACUUCGACUGUUGUUCUGCUGGUGCCGAGGCAAAUGAUCGAUACAGCUGCUUCCAAAGUUUGUCUCCGGACCCACAUUUUAAUGUGACGUCUGCUACUGAAGAGCUCUCGCUUCACAACAUCUGUGACACCCAUAAGAUCAUCAAGAAGAAGUUCCCUGUUGGUUUUCCUCUGAAGAGUUUUGUGCAACAAUGCUGCCCCCUAGAGGACCAAGAAAAGAGCACUUGUUUUGAUCAAAGGCUGAAGGAAUUGUCAGGGAGUCUGUGUUCAUCAAAGAAGCCGACUCCUCCAGCUGUCCGCAGAUGUUGUCGCAAGCCCUCCUCACAAGAUGCUCCAGAUUGUGUCUCGGAUAUUCUCACAGAGGCCAUCACUAAAGCAACCAAUGUCUUACGCCAAAAGAAGAGGAAGAGAUGCCCUCUCUCCUAAACCUGUGUGACCUGUCCCUGCUGGUCCUGAGCCAUUCAGAUAAAAUGGCAAGUUGGCAGCAGAGGUGUGCUACAAUCACUGAAAAGGAACAACUGUUCCUAUUUAGGAGUCUUCCAGAAUAUUCAAAAUAUGAACCUAAUUCUAGCUUCAUCUACUGCCAGUGUUAUAUGCAACUUUUCAUCACGACAAUUAUUAUCACAACUAUACAUCUAUGAAAUAACAAAUUGUGUGAAAUUCUAAGUCUGUAAAACAGAUUGUCACUGUACCACUAUUUUUAUAGGCUGCUGUUGACAUUUUUAAUAUAAAAAUGCAUUGUUUUAGAUUUCUUCUGAACUAUAUGAUCAAUCUCCUCCUUUUUGUAUGGUUUUGUGGUUGAGAGCAUAUCUGUGACAGCUCUAAUAAAAAAGCUGUUCAAUCAAA